ACAGUUGUAGUACUAGUGAUGGCUUUUCUUCAACAAGUUUUAGAGGGAGGAUGUAUUUGACAAUUUGAUGGCAUGUCAAAGACAAUCUCAAGCAUUUAUCUUCGUUUCAAUGGAAUUCUGACACGGGAAUUCUGACACACUGAAUUGAACAGAGGGAGCAAUGCAAAUGGCAGGAACAAUGAAACGUGAUUAAGGGCCCCAUUUCACUAGCAUGCAUGUUGAACGUGAGGAGGAGGCCCCACAUAAACAGACGGCUUCUUGAGCACAAGCUUUCACCAUUAGUGCAGCAAAGCUUACACAGAGAGAAUAUUCUGAUGCCCACUUCAUAUCUUAGCUGGCUAUAAGUAGGAAGAUAAGUUGUUUCAUUUUAAACAAAUUUUAAUGGGUUGUUAAGCACAAUUUCUCUGAAAGUAUUACAAUAGUUGUGCUUAGGAGAUUGCAAUGGGUUGCAGGUCGUGUUGCCGCCAUAGGAAGGAUCUUUGCUCUUUUAGGUAUGGGUGUUGGAGCGCGAACCCUAACCCUAACUUGGCUGAUCUUCAGAGAUGUGGGCAAAAAUGCAGAAUGCAAUGGAUGAACUACCUGAAACCAUGUCUGAAACGAGGUGCCUUCUCCCUCCCUCAACAAAAUCGCAUCUUUAAAGCACCCUCAGCAGUUGGAAAUAGGUGGCCCUUGAAAGCCAAGCUACUUCCUGGCAGAACAGACAGCAAGAUUGGAAAAAUCUGGAAUUCUUGCGUUAAGAAGAAACAAAUUCAUAUGGGCAUUGAUCAGAACAAUCAUAGACCCAAUAAUUCAUUGAUUGCUUUGCAGAUCAGGGAAAAAAUUGCAUCUGACACUGAGAAUAAUAUUGAAGACUCCACUAAGGAGACAGACAUCCAAAUUGUUAAUUCAAAGGCUGUUGCUGGAAGCUGCAGGAGCAUCCGAUCUCCCUGUCACAUUUCAAAUUUUGAUGUGACAGUAGCAGUACAUGAGCUUCUAGAAGAAGAUAAUUCUUAUGAUCUGAAUAUCUUAGUAGAGUCAGCACAAGAUUUGAGCUGUUAUAAAAAGGCAGAGCUGGCAAAUUGGUCUGGGCUUGAUUCUCAAACUGAAAGAGAUGCCACUGAAACGUUGAUUUGGGAAAACCUCCCUGCCCUGAUAGAAGAAGAAGAAUCUGGUGCACCAUAUAUGAAGGUGAAUAAAAUGGGCGAGAGCUGAGCAAUUUUUUUCCCAAAAAGAAUGGAGUAGAGCAUAUCCUUUUUCCAAAUAAGAACGGAGUAGAGUGUAUCCAUCAUUAUUUAUCAAUCAUUAACAUCCAAAUGAACAAACAGUUCCUUAGAUUUCAGGAUCUGCAACAUCAUCCACUAGUAACCAGCAUCAGAAUGAGCUAAACAAAAAUGCUGGCUAUUUGUCAGUAAUCAGAUGGCCAUGAAAAUAGCUAGGCUGCAGUAUUAAUAGUUGAUAUGUUUAUGUUGUCAGAUUAGAUCUGUCACGGUCUAAGGCUCUUAAUGUUAGAAAAAUAUAUGUAUGCAUUUCUAGUAUUAUAAGAUUUAUUAAACAAUUUAUAAAGUGGGUGAUAGAAUAUCAUGUUAUUUUUUCAAAACAAA